ACUGUCAUCUCUAACACAAACGAAGUGUUCUUUUUGGCUGCGCGUGUUUGUAUUUUUGGCCCCAGCUUGCGGAACAGCUAAAGUCCAGCUUACGCCCAAGUUCCGAGAAAAUGGCCAACACCGUAGAGCGGGUGGUGGACCUGGGCGUGACCUGCCUGGUCUGUUUGAUGGAGGCGCCCGGGUCGAGCUCGAUUUAUGGCCACGACCCGGAAUCGCCGAACAUGCUUAUUCUGGACAAGAUCCGCUCAUGCACCGGUCUGCAGCUGGUUGGCAGUCCGGCACAGGUGGAGCGCUGGCCCAAUAAGAUCUGCAAGCAGUGCUACCUAGAGUUAUCUAUCAGCUAUCGUUUCCACGAAAAGUGCGCCGCCGUCCAGAAGUUAUUCCACUCGGCCAGAGACGGCGUCUUCUCGCCCUCGCUUUCCGCCUCCAUUUCGCUAAUGCUCGACGAGCAGCAGGAUCAGCUCAAGCUGCACCUCGAGCAGGCUAAUGUUCGCCUUCCGGCCACACUGAAGAUCAAGCGGCUGAACAUGGGGCCCUGCUCCUCGAGCUCUGUUAGCAGUACAAUAACCACCGCCACUGAGCCCUCCUAUUACCAGGAUGUCGAGGAGGUGGAGGAAGCAGACGCCCUCACCCUGCUGCCGGACGGAGCCAUGGUUCUGACCCUGGACGAUAUAGAAGAUCAAGAUCCCAUCAAAGAGCAGCCCGAAGAUGAGGAGUCCGUCAAGCAUGAGGAAGAGCAGCAGGAGAUAGAGCAGACGGCGGAGGAGGAGGGGGAAGUAGAACAGCACAAGAUGCUGGGUCUGGAUCCCUGGGAUGUCGACCACACACCGGAGCAUCUGUACGAGAUUGAGACGCCGCUGAUUGAGGAGUGCGUGGUGGACAGUCCUCCGUUGCCACCGCCUCCGCCCACCAAUCAGCCAAGGAAGCGCACCUACCGUCGCGUCUCACCGACUGUGAAGAGGGAAAGGGUCCCGGCAGCUGAUUUGGACGAGGAUUACAAGCCCGCUCCUACGACCAAGCGCCGUUACUCGGAGCGUUCACCGAAAAUCUGCGAUGUGUGCGGGAAUACGUACAAGUACCAGCACGCCCUGAAUGCCCACAUGCGGCGGCACAACAACGAGCGGCCUUAUUCCUGCGAAGUGUGUCAAAAGGCGUUCGUCUCGAACGUCGAGCUGCGCCGCCACAUGCGUGUCCACACCGGGCAGAAGCCGUACGGUUGCGGCUACUGCGCGCGUCGCUUUUCGGAUUUUGGCAGCAGCAAGAAGCACGAGAGGAUCCACACCGGCGAGCGGCCGUAUGUGUGCGAGGUGUGCCAGAAGGGGUUCGCCUACGCCCACGUCCUGUCCGUCCAUCGGCGGACGCACUCCGGCAAGAAGCAGUUCCAGUGCACGCAGUGCGAGAAGGGAUUCACCAAGAAGAGCUAUCUGUCGGCGCACAUGGACCUGCACGGCGGCGACGCAUCCGGAUCUUCGGCCUCCGCUGAGGGAUCUUCUCGUAGUCUGCGUUUGCCCACUAAAAAAGAGAAUGCUUCGAGGGAGCCUGUCCGCAAACCAGUUCCCGAGGCGUUCUCGCUGGAUUCCGUGGUGCUUGGUGAGCAGGCCAAAGUUCUGGAGGAAUGCAUCGUUGCGAAUGAUUUCAUGUUCAACGAGGAGGACCACAUCGAGGAGGGGCACGAAACCGAGGAGGACGAGGAGCUGGAGCACGACGAACCGUAUCCCGAGCCAGACUUCGACGACGUCGAUGGCUAUCAGACUGUACGCUGCAAGGAGUUCGUUGGCAAUCUGCUCGACCCCGAGGAGUUUGGCAACAUGAUAGACUAGUAUUACCCUUUGGACAACUCUUCACUUUACUAAGGGGCUGUCCUCACAUGGCGACAUCAAAGUGAUUGCUUGUGCAGAAGAACACAAAAUAAUAAAUGUUUGGUCACAGGAGUAAUAAUACCCCGUAAUUAUUAAGAAAUAUAUGGAGGGAUCCAGAAGUUUCGAAACUUAAUUCUAAGCCCCGAGAAAUCGUUGUAAAUAAAAUGAGGGAGAUAUUCAAUUAUACAA